AUGUGGAAGAUCGACCCUUCAGCUGCUACCUUGAGACGCGCUUACAAGCUGGCGGAUUUUUUUGGAGCAAUCAUCCUGGCCAUGCCCGACGACUUACUCAAUAACGAAGCACGUAUUAAGGAGAUUCCUCUCAGCGGUUUUGACUCGCUGAAGAACUCUGACGUGGUCUGGUUGCAAAAGGCUUGGUCGAGCCACACCAAAUUCUUGCUGGACGAGAAAUCGGAUCGCUUUCCGCCCCAUGUGGACCUAUCGUGUAUAUUGGGUGCGCUACCCGCCGCGGAUCAGAUACUGGCUGCACAGCCUGUCCAAUCUAGGCCAGAGAUGUCAGAGGCAGCUUCAAACUCUCCCAGCUGGGUACCAUCUUCUUUCCAAGACCCACCCCCCCGGAUAGACAUAUGGCACUUCGCGAGUUGUGGUGCCAAACUUUGUCCCACAGGCUGUUUCAGCUUGCGGGAAGAGAUAGUGCAAAGCCAGCACGACGCAGUCCUCAGCAUGCAAAAGAGUUUGAAGCACAAUCAGCUGCUCCGCACAUACGGCGAUGCCGAAAAUCUCCGUGUUCACGAUUCCUUAGCGGUGCUUUGCGGUCGUUCCGCCUACCCUGAUCUGGUAAAAGAUCUACUGAAGGGUCUUGCGAAUCAGAGGAUUCGAAUCUUUGCUGGUUUGGACAGCGGUUUCACACUUCCUGACGACGGUGGACACUUUUGGGCCGUGGCAGACAUCACCCAGGACAAGUUCGGGACCCUACUUGACAUUCACAUCUCCCUCAAGGCAUCCAAUGACGUGUCGACAAUAUGGCAUACCUUCCUAUCUUACAAUGGCGUGCCACGUCUUCAGCGGUUUGAAGAGGAGCUUCUGCUCACCUCAAGGCCAGAAACCGAAGGGGAAGCGCAGCUCCCACUCAGUAUCACUAAAGACCUGGAGUCAUGUUCCGAAUCCGAGCUCCUUUAUCUGGUCGAGCAGAUCAGGAUCUCAGAGUGCAACCACUCCUUCAAUCACGCUAUCUUGGAGGCGGCCGAACACUAUCUGGUCCAGGACCCAGAUCAGGCGGGUGUUUUCGCUGAGCUCUGGGUCCUCGGGUCGCAAUGUGAGAUCUAUUUUGGGCUCUCUCCUCGCACGCUGGGAGAUAUUGCAUACAAUAAGUAUCAGCUUUUUCUCAGCCAUAACCCACCCCCGGAAGAUUCUUGGGAUGGCAAAGAGGUGUUCACUGCAUACUCCGUUCAUGAAACAUCGAAGAGACUAUUGGAUACAGCGCCAAAGGCUUCACAAAAGGGAACGUUCGGCAUUUCCAAUGCCGAGAAGCGAAGCGGGAAAAAGCGUCUUACCAAGUAUCGAGAAGGAGCUGCCGCUGCUGGAGCUCUGUCGAUCUUCUGCUUUCCCGCUAUAAUUGAUGUCGUCCUCCUUACGUUCCUCGGCCGUGGGCUCUAUUUGACAGCCUUCAUGAAUGACGAGAUCAAAGUGAUGGCAGAUUACGCCAUCAUGACUGCUCUGAUCUUGACCGGAGGCAUUACAGGAUUCGUUGGUAGCACUGGCGGCUUUUAUCUAUUCAAUGCUGCGUUCGAUAACCUAGCGCAUUUCAUGGUCCAGCGUUUCUCGGCGUGCAUGGUCCUGACAAGUAUCAUUGCGCUUUGCGGCCUAAUUGCGUUUGGUGUUCAGUCUUCCUGGUUCGGAGGGUUGAUAUUUGUCCUGUAUCUGUUCCCGCUUUCGAUCUUCUUGACGAUCCUAGGGAUAUUUGCGACAAUGCAUCGACAGGGUUCAUUCUUGUCUUCUGGACGCAUUGAAAUGUGGAAGUUUGUACCCAUUCUUUUCAUUUCCCCUGUCCUGACAACAUUUGUCCCUAAUUGGGAUCUUCCGAUUUAUCUAUCGGUUAUCUACACGUUUACAUUUGGACUCCUCACUGCAUUCCGUCGUCUCUGCAAUGAGUGGACAAGUUGGCACCUCAGAAUACCGUCUAUCACAGAGAAGGACAUGGUCCAGUGGUACCAAGACAAAUAUCUCAAUCAGCUGGACGCGGACGAUGUGAAACCAGUGACAGCAGCGCGUCUGGCUCUCACUGCAGAAGUCUGCGAGAUCGAGGAGCGAGGAAUGUUCUGGAAACUAUGGAAUCGCGGUGGUCAAGAUGACAAGUUUGUGGAGCCCAUCGCACGCAAUCUGCGAGUGAUCGAGUUUCUCCUCGCCACUCAUUCUGGUGGUGAGGAGGUACCAGAGCUUUUCAGUUCGUCUUGGUUCGUCCAGUGCGGGCUCGCUCUAAACAACAAGAGACAGAUGAUGCGGGGACUUAAAGAGCACAGCGCAUUCAUACAGUACCGAUACUCACGCUAUGAUAUCGGUCAAAAUGUCGGCCUCUUCCUUCUUGCGUUGCUCGACCGCCUUGUUUCGACAGUCAUGUCGGCGCGCCUGCCUCUAGCACAAGCAUUCAAAACCACUUCAACAAGAUAUGCAAUAGGUUUCGCGUUGUUGCAUUUCCUCUGCGGAGCUGUAGCUGUGGAUGUGGUGCUGCAAAAACAGUGGGGUUUUGUCGCAAGCUCCUCUAAGAAGAAACUCAAGGAUCUCAAUGAGGUCAAUCAGGCAAUUGAGAACAACGAAAUGCAGCACCGAGAACGUUACAGGCGUGCACUCAUUCAUCUUAUGAGCUUGCUAUUGUUGACAUUUGGAACCUGCACAAUUUUCCACUGCCUUCUCGUAGACGAAUACACAACAUCCAUUCUUUUCUUCUCGGAGCCCGCCGCUUCUCUUGUCGAUCUGGCCAAUCAUGGAGCACGCAGAACCCUCCGCGGAAAUCUUAUCAAGGUUGAUCGUCCCAGGGAGAAAUUCACUGGGUUUAUUGCGAGAAGUCAUACCAAUCUGUUGGGCGUGAUGGUUUACAAGGGUCUGUACGACGUUAUUCCCAAGCGUCAAUCUCCAAUAGCCGUUGCGUUCUAUGACGCCAGGAACCGUUUGUACCGCCGCCUGGAAAUUCUCGGCGGCCUGGAAAAAACCUACCACUACGACGACAAAAGUCCAAGCAGGUGGCCGAUCUCGAAGACAACGAUACAAGCCGAUUGGAAACUUGAGACCCGAUACGACAAAUUUGGUCGUCCAGUCAGCGGUCAGCAACUCCGCAACGGGGUCGUUUUUGACUAUGAGUAUCGCUAUAAACACAGAAGUGUGGGAGACUCUGACCUUGUGUGUGCAACAUACAAGAGCGCAGACAAUACUGUUCCUGCUUUGCUCACAGUCUACUGGUGUGUCCGCCCGACGGCAACUUCGGACAGGAUAGACCGAUGGAUUCCAUCAAACAAGGUUCAGGCUGUCCAAGCUGCAUUUUUCUCUGGACAGACCUACGAAGUCCGCUGGAUCUACAAACAUGCGCAGGGCGCUGACAUUGAGGCCAGCGUAUACCAUGAGGGAAUGCUGCGACCCUGCUUCCCGCCAGCAGAGAUCAUGCAGGACAAGUAUGGAUUGCUUGAAAAGCCCAAGCAGUUCUGUUUCGAUGACGAAGAUCUUCUCAUCUAUCAUUCCUCGAUAUCGUUGCAACGGAUGAUACCUUCGAAGCGGGGAUACCUCGCUAAAGCAUUCAAUGCAGUGGUAUCAACUUGGCCCUUUCGUUACUUGCACUUGGGAGAGGUAGUCUCCUAUCACAAAUUGUCUUCUUCUGCCCUAAGAAGCGCACUUUGGGACUCCUGGCAAAAAGCACCUUACAUUGACGCGCUCACGGCAUCCUUCGUCGACGAACUUAUACUGCGCAAAGAGCCUCUUCUAAGAGAGUAUUGGCAGCUUCGCGACUCUGGAUUUUUGCGACGCGCCGCCGAAGUGCUAGACCAGGGCUUGGAACAGAUUGUUUCGGCAAUUGAACCUACAUAUGAAUCGUCGUCCAAGUGCCCGCUCAUCAUCAAGCCUGCUGAUCUUUUCAUCAUGGGCCUAGGCAAAGAUGCUAAUCAAAUGACCUCUCGUCUAGAUUAUGCAUACAGCGACUCUGAGACGGCCACGUCCGUAAUCUUCUCUGACAACGGUUGCUGGCCAGACAGCCCCGGAGGUGUUUCAAAUUGCCGCAGAGACUUAGUCGAUGGACACAAGACCAUCAAAGGGCACUGUUUGGCUGAGUCUGCGAACGACUUUGGCGUUCCACGAUAUCAGAUCGAACGCAACAUCGCAAGCUUGAAAGUCCUUCCGCUUUGGGGUCUAGAUUCUAAGACUGCGUAUCAUGGAAUUUUGGACAACCUUUUACAAACUCAGGUGGACGACAAGAUCUCUCAAACCAAAUUGGGGGGCGAUAUCGAGCAGAUCUUCAUCCCACUCCUGCGGGACUUUGUUCGAGGCGCGCGUUCGAAGCGCUACACCCGAAAAGAUCUAACUGUUUGCAGCAAUGUGUUCCUCAAAAUGAACAAAUACUUCGAAACAUGCGACUUCAACAAGACCUGGCAAAGCAACCAAGUGCGCGAAGCGUGGAUGGAAGCAUGGCUCGUUGAGUACGAUGAUCCCAACAUAUGGAACUUCAAAGACCAUUCAGCGAUCUUGCACCCCUCCUUGAACGACUUCCAAGAAGCUCUCAACCUGUACAUUGCAUACUUCUUCAUUUACUCUGUCAACCUACCAUCGCCAUGCCCAACUGUGUUCCAGACCACAAACCACGGCAUCGGCAGCUUGUAUGGAAUGCUGCUGAAGUAUCAGCGAGGGACUACUUGGGGUCUUUGGGAUCAUGCCAUUCUUUGGAGGGAGACCUGCCUCAAUAUCAGCCCUGCACAGUGCCUGUUGCCAUUGCCGGUACAGACAAUGCUACUUGCGGGGAUCAAGCUCUCGUGCCACUUGGCAUAUACCCACGUGGACAUCAUUCUCCCCUGCACGUCGGUUUUCAAUCCUGACUGGGAGCAAGACCUUGGGACCGAUCAAGGCUUACGAGGCAGUAAGAAGGUAUUUGCGCGGAAGAUUGAUCCUAUUGUCAACGGUAUUGGUAACAUGGAUCUAUUUGAGCCUAUCACGGAGGUCCGCAGCAAAUUCCCCACAACUGUCAUGUUGUCCAAUGUACAAUUCAUCAAGGACGUCAAGACCGCAGUGCUCGCUGCAGAUGUCAUUGUUAACAAGUACGGCUUUAAGGACUAUCAGCUUGUCGUUUAUGGUGCCCAGGAUCGCCAGCCGAGCUACGUCCUUGAAACGGUCCAGCUGAUCAACACCCGUGGCCUCGCCAGUAAUGUGACCUUGGCCGGCUUCGGCAGCCCCAAGGAGGUAUUAAAGGAUGCGUGGCUCUUCCUUAACUCCUCACUAUCAGAGGGCCUUCCUCUUGCCAUUGGUGAAGCGGCAUUAUCGGGCGUGCCAAUCGUGGCAACAGAGGUCGGAGCCACAUCUCUCGUACUUACUGAUCCUGACGAUAUGAAGAAGCGCUACGGCGAGGUUGUACCACCAAAUGAUCCGGAGUCGCUUGCAAGGGCGCAGCUUAGCAUCCUCGCCAUGAUGGGUGCAUGGGCAGAUUACACGCAAACAGCAGAACCUGCACCCUUGCCAUAUUCCUUCACUGCAGAGGACGUAACCAACAUCACAAAGCGCAUGUAUGAGAAGGUCGAAGACCGGAGAAAGCUAGGGUUGAAGCUCCGUGAAGUUGUUCUUCGUAGCUUCCACGGUCACCGCUACCUGCGCGAACAUGAGCAGAUGUUUUGGAUCCAGCGGCGAAGAGCAGAGAUUCGACGUUCUUCUGUCAAGAUACCGAGUCAUCCACAAGUGAGUGAGGUAUAUGGGCAGAGCAGAUUAUUCCAAUACGACUCCAAGACAGAAGAGUCGGGACCGCAUAAGAUGCGAUGGCAGCCCUUCAAACACCCGGAAAGGGCAGAAAAGAAGCAAGACGAACAUGACGUUGAGCGAAAAGCAGGAUCUUUAUAA